AUGCUGCAGGAUUCGAAUACCAACAAGGUGAGAAGCGAUGCCAAGGAAUUUGAUAGUGUACAAUUUGCUCAAAGCUUUGAAGGGCCACUGCUCUUCAUCGGAAUCACGCGGAACGGCCGGUACAAUUUCGUCGACGUAAAUGACGAGGAUAAUUCGGCGAGUGCGAUGGACCCAUAUAGUUUCAUCGGCGUCGGAUCGAAUGAGAUCAAGACUCUUGAGUUUUGCAGCUGUGUCGAUGUUAUACAGGCGACCAGCCUGCUUGAGCCCAUAUAG